AUGAGACUACUAUGGUUACUAUUAGCAUGGCUGGCAUUUGGGGAAGUUUAUGCUCAGAGCAAGUGUGGGAUCGAGAUAGUUGAUGACAGCAGCAGCAGCAGCAGCAUCAAGCGCAGCGUAGGGUUCCUCCGGCUUGAGCGCAAUGUCACCUGGCCGGCGACGUCGACGACAGCCCUGGCAAAACGGAUGCAGCUGCCGGGGUCGCUGGAAUCGCUGGGAGAAUUCUACGAAAAGGAGCUCCCCAAGAUUUCGAAACCUAUCGCGACACGCGACGAAGCCCCCGAGGCGACCUGGAUGAGCGCGGCAAUCCUGCAGGAAUUCGGCCGGUUACGGAGGAAGGAGUGGAGCACCGGUCUUGAGGGCCUCAAGGGGUGCACCACCCUGUAUAUCAUCAGCCGCAAGGCACUCACUGUCACUGAUAUGCUGAGGGACGGAGGGAGAUACCACAGGAAACUCGAUGCCGACCUGAUCGAGGACGACUACAUCCGCGCCUACCUCAUCCGCCCAGCCAAGCCUUUCCGGCAGUUAGAAGAUCCAAACGCUGCCGACUACACCAUACAAUGGAAUCAGAUCCGUGACACUGUCGGCGAGCUGGUGCCCACGCUGCAAGACCCAUCACGCUGGACAGACAUUGCGUACGAGACGGUGAAAGAAGAUGAUGAACUCUUCAUAGGCAAUACAGUCAGAGGAAGGAAUCUCUUCAAAUACGACAGAGCUCAGGACAUUGGGGGGGGCCAAACGCAGCAAUGGGCUAUGUUGUGGGUUGAAGGCCAGAAGUACCAUGAGGACAAAUGGUGA